AUGGAGGACUCGAACACGUCGAUGGGUCCAGCGGUUUGCCGGAUUUGCAUGUGCGGCGAGACAUCGAUUCCGUAUCUCGGGAAACAGGCCGGCGAGCCGCUCAUCUCCCCGUGCAGAUGCUCCGGAACGAUGGGACUGUAUCAUCGAAGCUGUCUGGAACACUGGCUCACGUUGACAAAGACGAAGCACUGCGAGAUAUGCAAGUUCGCGUUCAAGAUUACACAGUGAGCGAAAACGGACGAGUUUUAGAUAUUUUGCUUUAUUUGCAGAAAGUCCCGCAACUUCAUUGACUACGUUCGCCAACGAGGGUACGAAAAACAGAGAAACGACCCGGAGAAUCGGAAUCCGUUCGUCGAUUUAUCUUUCAUCGUCGUCAUCACUCCGCUCGCAUGCAUCGCAUUGUAUUUAUGCAUUCGAGGAGCUGCGUUGGCCGGACAGAAGUGAGAAGCUCCGGUUGAAACCGUUUUGAAUCCUUCUUUGUUUCAGAUAUCACUUUGCAUUCGAAAACCGCGAAAAUGACGAGAAUGGUCGGAAUCUGGAAAUUCGGAACGAGACUUCGAUGGGUAAACGAUCAGUCUCACUCCUUGAAAUACUUUUCAUUUUAGAAUUCGCCCUGUUCGUAUUCGUCGCCGUCGUUCUCUUCUUCGCGUACACCAUCUUCAUUUCGGUGAUGUUCGUAAAUCACUGGACCCAGUACAAGAAAUGGCAAACGAAGAACAUGAUCCUUUUCGUCGUUGAUCAGCUGGAUGCCGAGCAGUCGAUGCACUACAAUCCGCAAUGGAAACAUCGUCGCAGUCUCAGAUCGAGAAUUUCUCGCUCUUGGGUUCGUAUUCUAGCUUUCUGAGCACCGAUAAUAUCGAUCUUACAGAAGAAAAUGCGCGGGCAUCCGACAAUUGUUGUCACGCCCGAGAUUGUGAGAGAUGCAGUCAGUUUGAACUGUCUUCGCGAGUUUAAAUGCAAAGUGAAAAUUAAAUUGUUCCAGAUCCCCAUUGAGCCGAUCGUCGGCAUCUCUCCAGCUCUCGUCGCCAAUUUCAACCAUACUUCGCCCGACAGCGACAACACGCACAACCACGACGCAUCUCGGAACGCCAUCCCAUUCGGAGUGCGGUCACCCGAACAGGAGGUACAUCCGAAUAAGCCCAUCAUGGAAAUUGGCUCUGUUUCAGCUACAAGUGAGCAUGUCUUCGACUCCUCAAAUGUACGCCGAAAUGCCACGCAAACUGACGCUCUCGCCCAUCGGCCUCGACGAUCUUUUCGCCAGUUCUCCGUCUUCCUCCAGACUCCAUUCGGUUUCCUCGGAACGCCGCGACAGUCGAAGUAGCCUAUCACUCAAUUAUCAUAGCUUACUAUGAGUUCCUUUUGUUCCAGAAACCCAAUCCGUCUACUCGGUAUCUUCGUUCGGAAAUGGCGUCGUCACGUGCUCCACCCCACUCUCCACUCUCACUCAUUCCACGUCUUCAGUUUCCACUUUCAAACCGUGUCCGUCGACGGAAAAUGUGCUCGCCAACCAUGACGACGUCCAGUCGACAGUGACCGCCGACUCGCAAAAAGGCAGAUUCCACGUAGAAAGACUCGAAACGCCACGCUUCUGA